GGAAUAAAUCAAAAUGGAUCUCUAAACUGUCUGCGCUUCUUUAAUUAAUGAAGUAGCAGUUAGUCAAGCAAUGCAACUUUCGACGUUGAGCCGGGGGUCUCUUUGGAAACAGCCUCUCUACUUUCGAGUAGGGGUAAGGUCUGCGUACACACACCCUCCCCAGACCCUACUCUUGUGGGAUUUAACUGGGUUGUUGUUGUUGUUGUUGGAUUUGUUGAGUACCUACAGCUAGAUCCUCCCCAGGCGAACGAUAGCAACAACCCCCUCGUGGCGAUAGUGAACCAAGCAUGGUACCAUACACAACUCUCACCAUCAACUAUAUUCUUGAGGGGUUGGCCGAAACGUUGUACCCUGUCUAUGCCAAUGCAAAGCUUGAAAGGAAGCUUUGGGAUAGCUUGAACAAGAAGUAUCAAGCUGAAGAUGUCAGCACGAAGAAAUUCAUCGUCGGGAAGAUGCUGGAGUUGACAGCAAAUCUGUUGUCGCCCAGGCUGAGGAGCUUACGGCAUCACUCCUCCGACUGUAGGGAAAAGAAGCCACAAAAGAACAAGAAGAAGACAACCGAAGCCAUGUGCGCAAAGCUCGACAACUUGGACCUGUGUGCAGUUGUCACCGAGGUGAAUCUCAUCGGGUCAAACCCGAGGGAAUGGUUUCUGGACACAGGAGCCACACACACCAUAUUUGCUCCAAUCAGAGCAUGUUUCAUGAAUUCCAAGAGACCUCCGGUGACAAGCAUUUGGAGCACAAAUUCAGCAUUCAAGAGAGUCAUUAAGGCUGAUUUUAGAUCAUUCUAGCACGUAGAACCUCAAUUCUAUGAAUACGCAUGUAAGAAAAAUUAGAACUCAAGACAAGAGGUACUACGACAUGCUCACUAACAAACAAAAAAUAAAGAAUACAAUCACAUACUAAAAUGAUUUCAUACAAAACUUUCCCCGGCAACGGCGCCAAAAUUUGUUGAGGACUUGUCGUGCGGUCCAAAACAAAUUAAAAAUUUAAAAAAUAUCCUUAGCUAACCCCCAAUAUAUAAUCAAAUAAAAACUAUAGCUAGGG